UCGGCAGGAUUUGUUGGAGGUCUUCAUGUGGCACCUUCAGGAUCAUAUGUCCCAUCAGCAAGAGUUGCGUCUGUGUUCUGACCUGCUUGGUGAAAUUCUUACCUUUCUGUAUCAAGAGAAAGACCAACGGCAACAGAGUCAAAAUUUGAAUGGAAUCAGUGCCUUAAGUUUUUCUGACAAUUCAGUAACCCAAGAGGCAGAUAUUUUGGUCAUUGGCAUCCUGGAAACUCUCAUCCGCAGUGUAAGAGACAUUGACAGGACAUCCACUGUUGUUGGUCCUAUGGUUGCAAAUUUAGUGGCUUUACUUCGUUUAAUGGAAGAACGACACUACUUACAUCUGUGGAAGAAGUUUGAUGACAGGUGUCAGAUUAGGGAUCGCAAGAAAUUAAAAGAUUUUCUACUUCAAGUAUUUCUUGUGUUUCGGGAUCUUGUAAAACAAGAUGUAUUUCCUCGAGACUGGGUUGUUAUGAAGAUGGUUACCAAUCAUGUUGCACUAUGUGCUUUGCAAGAAUUUUCUCAACCACUGACAGUUGAUUUUUUGGAAAAUGGAUCAUUUGAUGCUCAGCUAUGGAGUAACUAUUUUACCCUUGCUGUUGCCUUCCUCACUCAACCUUCCCUGCAGUUGGAAACAUUUCUGGAAUCUAAACGAGAUAAGAUCUUGGAGAAGUAUGGAGACAUGCGAGUGUUGAUGGGUUUCCAGAUUCUUUCCAUGUGGGAUAAACUAGGAGAACAUAAAGUGUGCUUUAUUCCUGCUAUGGUUGGACCAUUUCUAGAAGUAACACUUGUUCCAGAAACUGAGUUAAGAAAAGCUACCUUACCUAUUUUUUUUGAUAUGAUGGAAUGUGAGCAGAAGACUCGAGGAAACUUUAAACAGGUGGAGUCUGAACUCAUUGACAAAUUAGACAUUCUAGUCAGUGAAAAUAAAGGAGAUGAUGAAUACAGACAGCUGUUUAACACUAUGGAACACUUGAGUGCAGUACUCCUUGAGAAAGUUCGAUCAAAUGACCCAGUGUGGAGAAAAAAUGGUAUUGCAUUCAUCAAUUCAAUUACCAGGUUACUAGAAAGACUUCUAGAUUACAGGAAUGUGAUGGAGGGUGAAGAGAAUCGAGAUAAACGAAUGAGUUGUACAGUUAACCUGCUGAACUUCUACAAGAAUGAGAUCAAUAGGAAGGACAUGUAUAUUCGUUAUAUUUACAAACUAUGUGAUCUUCAUCUGCCUGCUGAGAACUACACUGAGGCUGCCUUUACACUGAAGUUACAUGCAGAUUUAUUGUCGUGGUCAAACUGUUCUCUUCCAGGUGAUCAAAGAUACAGAGAGCAACCAGAGUGGCAGAGAAAAGAAGCUCUUUAUUUGAAAAUCAUUGAAUAUUUUGACAAAGGAAAGUGCUGGGAAGAAGGAACUCCUCUCUGUAAAGAACUGGCUGAAUUGUAUGAAAAGAAACUUUUUGAUUAUGCUAGGCUAAGUUCAAUCCUGAAAACUCAGGCAAAGUUUUUGGACAAUAUCCUUAGCCAGUUGCGUCCAGAACCAGAGUAUUUUCGAGUUGGAUUUUAUGGAAUAGGCUUUCCUCUGUUUCUACGGGUAAAGUUAAGAUUAGCUUAAAAUUCAUUGUUUUCAUAUGGUAUUUUUUCUGCUGCUGAAGAUUUUUAAUGAGUAGAUUCCAUUUCAGUUAUUUUAAUGAAUAAAAUUGGUAUGUUAUGGAUGUACAUAUAAUUCAAGUUAUAUGCAUCAGUUUUCAUUUUUGGUUAAGAAUUUAUCAUUGUAUCUGUAGUUUUUAUACAUUAUUAUUGUUAAUGAAAGUAAUACACCCUUCAAACAACAAUUAUUUACUAUUGCAAAAAACAAAUAUGUUUGGCUAUAUGUUUUGAUCACAUUUAUUUGGGGUCAUCAUCAUCAUGCAGAAUGAAAAUAGAGAACUGUAUAUGUACAUUUAAAAAAAUUGUAUGUAUAUAUAUAAGCUCAGUGUACAACAUAAAUAUAUAAAACAAUAUACAAAAUAUAUUGUUAAUAGAUACAUAUGUUUAUACAAUGUUAACCAUUUGGUUACUGCCUUCUUACAUUGUAAGAAGGUAAUGUUGCUCUCGUCAUAUUUCAUUCCAAAAAUAAAAAUAGUGGAUGAAAUUUGACAAGAACAU